CUCUCCUUCUCUCUCUCUGUCCUUUAGAGUAAAGAUGCCGGCAUCAGGACUCUGGUCAUGUUGGAUGAGCAGGGAGAACAACUGGAGCGUAUCGAAGAAGGGAUGGACCAAAUCAAUAAGGACAUGAAGGAUGCAGAAAAGAAUUUGAACAAUCUAGGACAGUUCUGUGGUCUAUGUUCAUGUCCCUGUAACAAGUUUAAAGGCGGGGGCCAGGCCUGGGGAGCCAAUCAGGACGGAGUGGUGAACGCUCAGCCAGGAGCCCGAGUCAUGGACGAGCGCGAACAGAUGGCCAUCAGCGGGGGCUUCAUCCGCAGGGUAACGGAGGACGCCCGGGAGAACGAGAUGGACGAGAACCUGGAGCAGGUGGGCGGGAUCAUCGGGAACCUGCGCCACAUGGCUCUGGAUAUGGGCCAGGAGAUCGACACCCAGAACCGCCAAGUGGACAGGAUCAUGGAGAAGGCGGACUCCAACAAGACCCGGAUUGACGAGGCCAACCAGCGCGCUACAAAGAUGUUGGGCAGUGGCUAAGCUGCAGAGAAAAGUGCUUUUAACCCUCUUCAACCCCACCACUCACCCCAACAUAUUAUCAACACCAACCAGCCCAGCCCUAAACCCUCCAACACCAAUCCCCAAUGCCCGACUGCAAAACCAUGCUUUUAUUGUGAAACUUGUAGAGGUUUGCACACAUGCACAUAUCAUAAAACCUCUGCCCUCCCCCCUUCAUCUCAAUAACUCAUGUCACUUCCUUUCCCUCCCAAAUCGUUGUCAAUGUUGUUCUGUGUUGUCGCUCUUUUGAUUUUGCUAUGAAUUAUAGUUCUGUUACACAUCGAUCACUCUGUACAUAGUGCUUCUUAUGGAGCUUCUAGAUCCUGUCUGCUUCAUCAUUCUUUUUUUAAGUCUGUGUGUAAUAUAAACUGUAUCCCCAGUGUCAGUAUAUGUGAUGCUAUACAUGAUAAAGGCCACAGUGAUUUGCAGUGAACAUAUAGUGAACAUACAGUCCCUCACAGCUUGUUAAAAGUCAAUACCUCUGCCGAUACUCAGUUUGAGCCGUUUGGAGAAACAUGGCUUUUUGUUCCUGACUGUUAGUGCAUUACUGUUUUAACAACUCAAUUGAUGCGGCAGUAUUAACGCAGUUUGAUGCCAUUGAUUGUAUAAUUUCUAUAUUUUUCCUCAGGAAGCUAAAUCGGACCAAUUCAAAAGCAAAGGGUUGAAUAUUUCAUUGAUUUUUUGUAAUUCAUUAAAUCUGCGUCAUGAGGCUCAGUGCAUAAUUUGUUGAUGGGACAAACCAUCAGGAAAAUAUUGGGCAUUAACAUUAAUAGCUAACAUUUUGAUUGAUAAGAAAAUGAGCUUUGCUAAAGGGUAGAGUUUAAUUACAACCUUUGCAAAGUUACAUGUUGGGUCACAACCUCUUUACAUCCCAGCUUUACCCACAAUUCAACCCAAACAAUAUCUAGUGCAUUAAGUGUGUUAUGCAUGUCCAUCUUCUGCCAGAAGACGCUGAAUUAUUCAUUUAUUCAGUCAAAAAUAAUCCUAAUAUGGAAACCGCAUGCUACAUAUUUAGGCCACACAGAAGAGAGGUUCAUAUUUAUCUGCAAUAUAGUGCCACUCUUUUUUUGUUUCAUGUCUUCUUAACCUUUCCAGACUGUGAUGAUCACUGUAAAAUAAAACCUUGGAAAAUGCCAAUAAAUCCAUCAUAACUGUAGGACCAAA